AUGGAUUCUCCAGUAUCUGCCUUCGCUAUGUAUAAAGCGAAUACUUCUUCGAACAAAGCAAAGAAACAAAAGAAAAGGAACAAAUCAGGGACACAAGUUCAACCAAUUUCUCCGAAACCUUUACCACCACACCUAACUAAUGAGAAAAGACAGAUGGAACUCGCACAAAAACUUAAAAAGAAACAAAAAAAAUCCAAAGAUCUUAAAAGCAUCACGAAGAAGAAGCUGCAUAAGAAGAAGAAAAAUCGGGAUGAUAAGAAACCAAACUCCAAAGUAAGGAAAGAAGUGCUGAACCAAAGCAGUGCUCCGAGUGAGCAGGAUGAUGAACCACCCGUACUUCUUAUGAGGCCGGUCACUGAAACAACAGCUAAACCUGAAGAAAGUUCCUCAGAUGAAGUGGAAGUUAUCGAUAAUACAGGUGAAGAACAAUUUGAAGAGUUCAAACCAGUACAGACAGACAGUGUGGAAGAAGGACUAAAAGUAUUCCAGUGGAUGAUUGCACCCUAUGACACUGAUGAAUUCUUCAACAAUAUUUGGGAGAAAAAGCCAUUACACAUAGCCAGAGGAAAGUCCAAUUACUACAAAGACAUAUUGACCACACCAGCUAUAGAUGACAUGAUGCGCAAUGAACACAUACAGUUCACUAAAAAUAUAGACAUUACUUCCUACAUUGACGGAAAAAGAGAAACGCACAAUCCAGAAGGGCGGGCUCAUCCACACUUGGUGUGGGACUUCUACUUAAAUGGAUGUAGUAUUAGAUUACUCAAUCCACAAACUUAUAUUUCUAAGUUACAUUUGAUUAAUGCGACUAUGCAGGAGUUUUUCAACUCCUUCGUUGGAGCCAAUGCGUACCUUACACCACCUGAUAGCCAAGGGUUUGCACCACAUUAUGAUGAUAUAGAAGCAUUCAUAUUACAAACAGAAGGUAAAAAGCAUUGGAGGAUUUACAAACCGUUAAAUGAAAAUGAGAUCCUCCCUCGUGUUUCUUCCAAAAACUAUGAUCAGGAAGAAAUAGGUAAACCAAUAAUGGAAGUAACUUUAGAAGCAGGAGACAUGCUUUACUUCCCCCGUGGUUACAUCCACCAGGGAGUCACAAUAGAGGGUGAACAUUCUCUCCAUGUUACAAUCAGUAUGUAUCAGAAACAUUCUUGGGGAGAUUUGAUGGAGAUAAUAAUGCCAGCUGCACUGCAAACGGCGAUUAAUGAAAAUAUUGACCUGAGGAGAGGCCUUCCGUUUGACAUCUAUGAUCACUUUGGUCUAGUCCACUCAGAUUCAAAGACACCUCGGAGACAAGAAAUAACUAAAGUGAUAUUGAGUCUUUUUGAGAAAGUUAAGAAAUGUUUGCCAAUUGAUGAUGCAGUAGAUCAGAUGCAUACUAAUUAUCUGCGUGCUGCACUACCACCCGUGCUGAAUGACCCAGAGAUGCUGGUGACAGUGUUUGGAGAUACUGAUGUGAUGAUAGAGAAUGGUGUGGUUACAAAGAGAGUGGAAAUUAGUCCAGACACAAGGAUAAGAUUGCUACGUAAGAAUAUUAUUAGAAUGGUGAUGGAAGAUAAAAUUAAAAUAUACUAUAGUGUAGAAAACUCUUUAGAAUACCAUGGAAAUGAGUUGCCUUACGUUGAACUGGAGGAUGAAAUGGCUCCAGCAAUAGAAGCUUUGAUAGCUGCAUAUCCAGAUUAUAUUACUGUGGAAAGUCUAGACUUGCCUUCUGAACCCGAUAAGCUUAGUCUAGCUGAUGCGCUGUGGAGUAGAGGAAUAAUUAUGACUGAAUAUCCAAUGGAAGAAGUAGAAGAUUAA